CAGUUUGAAAGUUGGUGUCUGCAGUGCAGGUCACUAACAGGGGGGCUGCACUAGGCAGCCCUGAAAAUAACUUUUUAAGAAGACUUCAAGGGCCACAGCACUUUUUAUUUCUUUCUGACAUGCUGUGCUGCAGCUCCAUCACCUCCUUCAGUGGCGCUGCAUACUCUCGAAGCCUGGUUCCCGGGUACUUGCAGCGGGGAUGCAUCGGUUCCUAGACACACCACCGCUGCUGCUCUCCUGGAUCGCGUGGCUGCAUGACAGGGAGGAGGGGAAUGUAUUCGAUGGUGCGGUUUCAGUCAACGUUGUGGGAGAAACAAUGAAAAAUGUGACCUCGUCAGGAAGGAGGAAAACGAUGUCCACUGUAGCGAAGAGUGACGAGAAGUGUUCUCAGAUAUGGAAAGACAUGUCGUUUACAUUUCGAGAGAAAAAAAUCAACGUUUGCAGGAAUCUACAACAGUCGCUUAUAACUUAUGCAAGAAGCACAAAGACAAUGUUGAAGAACAUGAUGGAAGAACACCAGAAAUCUUUGGAAUUUCUGUCCAAUCAGGUGAGUGAAUUAACCAAUAAGGUUCUUCUUUUGAAUGCAGAAGUGAUGAAAAAACAUACAGAUCCUUUUCUUUAUAGACCUAUUCAGACGCAUGGGUUUGACUGCACUGAUAUUAAAGACAAUUUUGAACCAAUUUCAAAAGCUCCAAGUGGAAUAUACAUUAUACAACCAGAAGGAACUGAUUUUUCAUUUCAGGCAUUCUGUGAUAUGGAUUACAGAGGAGGGGGUUGGACCGUCCUUCAAAAGAGAAUUGAUGGAACAAUUGAUUUCCAAAGAACGUGGCUUGAAUACAUGGAAGGAUUUGGAGAACUUUCAGGUGAGUUCUGGCUGGGCCUCAGGAAAACAUUCUGCAUUCUAAAUCAGAAGAACACCAGCUUCAUGCUGAACAUUGCCUUAGAAGCUGAGGAUGGCACGUUAGCAUAUGCAACAUAUGAUAACUUUUGGAUUGAAGAUGAAAAGACUGCCUUUAUAAUGCAUGUUGGACGCUAUUUUGGAACUGCAGGUGAUGCUAUACGAGGUUACAAGAAAGAAGACAACCAGAAUGCAAUGCCCUUCAGCACGUAUGAUGUAGACAACGAUAAUUGCUAUCCUUCAUGCACCUUCAGCGGAGCCAAAGUGACCAGCUGCAGUCAGCACAACAACAGGAGCGGCUGGUGGUUCAGCCAGUGCGGUUUAGCCAACUUGAACGGUUUCCACCGAGUGACACGAGCUGUAGACGUGCCGGGCAUUCACUGGGACACAUGGAAAGAAAACAAUUCAACUGUCAAAAUUAAAUCGGCUUCAAUUAAAAUUAAGAGAACUCAUUACCCCUUUUUUAAAUGAUUUCCUUACUCAUUUUGGUUGUUAAUAUUAUAUGAAUAAUGAACAGCAAAGUGUCUAUAAAUACCUUUAAAAUAAUAUUUUGAAGCUCUGUGUAUUUUUAUAUUUCUAUUACUUGUGAUAGUUUAGUUUUUUUUACUUUUUUCGCUACUUGUAUUCCCCUAAUGGAAUAUAAGGUUUCCAGUCCCAGAGUAUUUAACUACUAGAAAAUUUUAUUAAAUUCCACAUGGCAAAUUGCCUCAUGUAUUAUUCGUUUUCAAAAUUCAAUAAACAGAAGCUAUAAAUCAUGAU